CUCCAGCCCUGCAGAAUGUCCUGCUCUGACCUGUCCCCCUGCGGCGUCCUGCGCCCCCAGCCCCUGGCUGACAGCGGGAACGAGCCCUGUGUGCGCCAGUGCCCCGACUCCAGCACCCUCAUCCAGCCCCCCCCCGUGGUGGUCACCUUCCCUGGGCCCAUCCUCAGCUCCUUCCCUCAGGAUUCCAUCGUGGGAUCCGCUGGAGCCCCCGUUCUUGGGGGCUAUGGGGGCUCCCUGGGCUAUGGGGGCUCCCUGGGCUAUGGGGGCUCCCUGGGUUAUGGGGGCUCCCUGGGUUAUGGGGGAUAUGGAUCCCUGGGUUAUGGGGGAUAUGGAUCCCUGGGCUAUGGGGGCUCCCUGGGCUAUGGGGGCUCCCUGGGUUAUGGGGGAUAUGGAUCCCUGGGUUAUGGGGGAUAUGGAUCCCUGGGCUAUGGGGGAUAUGGAUCCCUGGGCUAUGGGGGAUAUGGAUCCCUGGGUUAUGGGGGAUAUGGCUCCCUGGGCUAUGGGGGUCUGUGGGGCUCUGGCAGAUCCUAUGGCUCCUGCAGCCCCUACUCCUACAGGUCCAGCAGGUACAGCCGUGGCAGCUUUGGGCCCUGCUGA